AUGGGUGUAAAAGGCUUGCUAUACCAGAUACGUAAAAGAUAUCCAUUAAGUUGUCGAACACUAUCUGAAAUCCCUUAUCCAGCAUAUAACUGCUUAUAUAUUGACGCGUCAACAUUAUUAGUCGCAGCCAUAUCUAUAAAAUCAUCCAAACUUAAUACUCUUAAUGAAGAAAACAUUACAUUUGCAUUUCAUUUAUUCGACUCUUUAGUUCAUUUACUCCAACCAACAGAUUUAAUUUACAUUGCACUUGAAGGUUCACAGCCAAUUUCCAAGACGUAUGCUACACACAACAGAUUUUACCAAAGAAACAUGAUCGAACAGCAUGACUCAAUUCGAAAUUUGUUCCAGCCACAUCUAAAGAGCUGGAUACAAGAGAAAAUUAAGAACGAUGAUAUUUGGAAGAGGCCAAAAGUCAUUUUUGCAGGCUCAGCUGUUCCAGGUGAAGCAGAAACAAAAAUUUUUGAUUAUAUUCGUCAAGAAAUGAAUAAACCUGAUUGGGAUCUGAACAAACGUCAUUGUAUCUUUACACCAGACAGUGAUUUAAUACUAAUGACUCUUAGAUCACACAUACAAAAUUUUGAUUUGAUUUAUCAGAAUUACAGAUUUAAUUUAGUUAGAGGUACUCGCACUCCUAACUUCCCUAUCACACCAAGCUCCUUAACAGUCAUAAGUAUUAACAUUCUUCGUGAAUAUCUAAAAUUAGAUUUUGAAAUCGCGGACGAACAAAUAUUUGAUGACUUUGUAACUAUAUGUGAUAUCUUAGGAAGCGAUUAUUGUGCUCCUCUUGAAGAUGUAGUGAAUUUAGACCUCGAAUCUUUAAUUCAAAGUUAUAAAUCCGAACCACAUUGUAAUUUCAUCACAGAUUGUGAUAAUUUCAACUUUGAUAAUCUCAAAAUCUUUCUUAAUAAGAUUCUCAAGCACAUUGCAGAGCGCAAAUCAACAACAUACACAAAAUAUGUUGAAAAACAGAGGAAAAACUAUUUUGAAACACGUAAAGUUACUCCAGAAGAGACAGAAAAGAUUUCCCAUUGCGUUCUAGACAGUUUACUUUACAUUGUCAAAUCAUAUGCAAUAGGAAUACCUUCUUGGUCAUGGGUUUACCAAUACCACUUUGCACCACCAUUAUGUGUCGUCUUAGAUUACAUUGAAACCUUCAAAUCUCAAUUAGUUCAAGACGAACCAACAAAUUUAUUACAAUCUCUAAUGGUAUCGUUAAAAGGUAUUUCUUCAUUAUCCCCACCUUACUUUGUCCAGCUUAGAGAGACAGAUCCUUACUUAAAAUCUCUCAGACGCGAUAUUUCCGAAAUCGAAUAUGAUGAAACGAACGAAAGGUUCAAAUUCGAAAUUCCCAACCUCCAAAAGAUUAAAGAUAUCUUAGAGCCGCAUCUUUCGCAAGUUCCAAAGGAAUAUGAUGAACUUAUACAUCCACAAUUUCCAUUAGACAUGAAAACAAUGACAGAAAUACCACUAACAUGCAAAAAACCAUUUAGAUCAGAUCUGUUAAUUUCAGAUCAAUCAAAAAUCAAUCCUUCUUUCUAUCCAUUUGAUGUUUCUCUUCAAAAGAAAUCUGAAAAAAGAGAUUGGACUUUUGACAUAAAAAUUAACUCUGAAUUGAGAAAAGAUGAUCCAGAAUCAUUCAUAGGAAAGAGAGUUCUCAGUCAAUGGCCCAAUAAAACAGUUUGCAGGGUGUUAAAAGUUGUUGAGAAACCAACUGAUUUCGAUUUUCAUAUUUUAUUAAAUCCAGAAGAAAAAUUUGUUUUGUUGGCUCCGAUUGAUCCAAAUACGAACAACCAAGUAAGGAAAGAGUUCGUUUAUCCAUGGAGUUUAACACAGGAAUAUUCACAACAAGAACAUUUAGCAAAAAAAUUCUUUUCAACAAAAGUUUUUUUGAAAAUUCCUCAAAACAAAAAUUGGAAAACAUUGAACAGUAUUUUAAAGAUUUUAGAAGGUGUUCCAAAGGAUGACAGGUUUAAAACAAUGAUGAAGAUACUUGGAAAGUUAUAUAUUAAGAAGGAUAACUAUGCUUUGCAGUUUCAUUAUGAUGAUUUCGCUGUUCCUUUCUUUUUGAAAAUUGAUGGAACAAAAUUUUUCGUUGACAAAGAAAUUGAAAAAUAUAUUAAAUUGUACAUUUCUAAAGUUCCUGAAUCAGUUUAUAUGAUUAAUGAACGUGCAACUGAUGAAGAUCUUAUUCAAUGUGCAAAUGAACUGUAUGAAAUAAUGAAUUUAAUGGAUGACGAAGUCCCUAAACUUCACACAAAAUUUAUUGAUUCUUAUUCAAAAACAGACAUUGUUUUCUUCGAGAAAAACAAAGAAAAAGGUGAAUUUCGUAGCUCGAAUAAAACAUACAGUGGAUACAAUUCAAGUAGAGAACCAAAACUUGGUGAUACAGUUGUUAUCACUGAUAAUAGGACUGUUCUUAAUGAAGGUUCUGCAGGAAUCGUUUUUGCUUAUGAUAAAUUGAAUGAAGAAGCUUGGAUUUAUGUACCUGGAAGAAAAGAUUUAACUUCAUUAUGUCAUGCAUUAAAGACAUUUUCUGGUGUUGUUGUUUCAAAAUCUUCGUUAAUUGUUAUGAAUGACUAA